UUUCAGAUUCUCAUUUCAGAUAAAAUACAUAAAUUGGAUCGACCACCUCUGCCUCAGCCCCUCUUCACUUAUCUUGUCUGGUUUAAACAUCAUUAAAACAUUAUUAUGCCAGCACAGCAACCAAGAUUUCAACAAACUUAAUUAACACCACCGGAGAGAAAUUAAUCAAAGUUCAGAGCCAUUUCCUUCGCUCUCCGGGAUGUCUCCGGCGAUCGGGGCUGACGCUCCCCUGCUCUCGAGGAAAGACACUCCGGCGGAGAGAAGGGUGGUGAUACGCCGGGCGGUGUUCAAUAUCAGCAUGAGCAUCAUCGGCGCCGGAAUCAUGUCUAUUCCCGCCACCCUCAAGGUAUUAGGGGUGAUUCCGGCGUUCAUUUUGACGGUGGUGGUGGCGGUGCUGGUGGAUAUAUCAGUAGAUUUCCUUUUGAGGUUCACGUACGCCGGCAAUGCGACGACUUAUGCCGGUUUGAUGAAGGAGUCGUUUGGACAAUUUGGAUCUUUCGCCUUACAAAUCUGUAUUAUGAUCACUAACCUCGGUUGCUUAAUCAUGUACCUAAUGAUCAUUGGGGAUGUGCUAUGUGGGAAAGGGGUAGAACACUUGGGGAUUUUGCAAGAGUGGUUUGGCAUCCAUUGGUGGACUUCCCGUGCAUUCUCCAUCUUUUUGGUUGUCCUCUUUGUCAUGCUUCCUCUUGUUUUGUACCGCCGUGUAGAGUCAUUGUGGUGGAGCUCAGCCUUAGCAGUUCUCCUAGCUGCGGUGUUCGUUGGCAUUUGCGUAGUCAUGGCAAUCUAUGCCCUUUUCUGUGGCCAAACUGAGACCCCAAGGUUGCUUCCUCAGUUGGAUAGCAGUGCUUCCUUCUUUAACCUUUUCACCGCCGUUCCCGUCAUUGUCACCGCCUUCACGUUUCACUUCAAUGUUCAUCCCAUUGGAAUAGAGUUAGGCAAAGCUUCUACCAUGGCUACCGCUGUGAAGAUCUCUCUGGUUCUGUGUUCCCUCGUAUACUUCUCCAUCGGGAUUUUCGGGUACCUCUUGUUUGGCGAAUCAACCAAUGCCGACAUACUUGUGAACUUUGCCCAGACAUCUUCAUCUUCAGGCUCACCAGUUACCUCAGUUUUGAAUGACAUUGUACGGCUGAGCUAUGCUUUGCACUUGGUGUUGGUCUUCCCAUUGCUCAACUACCCAUUGAGGGCUAACGUUGAUGAACUCUUCUUCCCCAAGAAGAUUUUGUUGGCCAAUGACUCGACCAGAUUCGUGAUUCUUUCUGUGUUCUUGUUAGCAUUGUCCUAUGUUGCUGCCAUUGGUAUUCCUAGUAUUUGGUACAUUUUUCAGUUCUUGGGAUCAACCACUGCCGUGUGUCUCGCCUUCAUCUUCCCGGGUGCCAUUGCUCUGAGGGAUAUACACGGCAUAUCAAGUAGAAAGGAUAAGAUUGUGGCAAUAAUGAUGAUUCUUCAAGCCCUAGUCACCAGCUGCAUCGCUGUAUCCACCAAUGUAUACAAUAUGCUCACCUCAACCAAAUCUUGAUAAUCUUUCAAUAGAUGAGUGCCAAUCACACACGAGAUUGUAUGUAAUUUUUAGUGUAUAGCUAUUUGCCAAUGUUGUCCCUAUUCUGGGCUCGGGAUGAUUCAGGGUUCGGACGGUCUCAUUUGUCCGAGCCCGUUUUAGGGUUCGAACGGAUUCAUCCGUUCGAGUCCGUUUUUUUUUUUUUUUUUUUUUGCUUUUUUGUUUGUUUAUAUUGGUUUACAAUAUAGAGAUGAAUGGGAGAGGGAAGGGAUUAAAAAGGGGACAUUACAUGACUCACCAUAACUAUUGUAUUGAAGUGGAUACCCAAAGGUGAUUCAUUUAUCUCUUUUUAUUUAGUCCUUUUUUAUUCUUGUCAAUAAACUUUGAUUCAAU